CAAGCGCUAUGAUGCCCAUAAAAUCGAAACCCAUCCCCUCUGCUGGUUACGUGUAUCCAGUCACGUUCGAGCAUUCGACCAUGGAUAACUGGUAUCAGACAGAAAAGGCGGAGCAAGGUUUCAAGUAUGCUACGAGCCUCGUGAAACCAAUUUUAACUUUCCUCGGCGUUUGGCCUCUCCCACCUGACUCACACCUGUCCUCAAAAAUUAUACAAAAGAUCGCACAAUUUGUCGCAUACUUUUUAUUCUUUUUCAUGCUGACACCAACUUUCCUGUAUACAGUCCUAAAGGAGAAAAAUCCGAAAGUGAAAAUGAAACUUCUCGGUCCGCUAGUUCUGUGCGGCAUGCAGGUGCCUAAAUACACUAUUCUCCUGUAUCGAUCAAAGGAAAUUCAGGAGAGUUUAAAAGCGAUUAAACGUGACUGGAUUGCCGCGACCGAGGAAAAUCGACUGAUUUUCCUCGAGAAGGCGAAAACCGGUAGAAGUAUAGUGUUGACCGUCGCGAUUACCAUUUAUGGCGGUGGACUAUGCUACCGGACGAUCAUACCCCUUCUCAAAGGGCCGAUUACGCUACCUGAUAACACCACCAUAAGACCCUUACCUUUGCCCUCGUACUACGUAAUUUUUGACGCUCAGCAAUCUCCAAACUACGAGAUAAUCUUCGUGAUGCAAGUCCUGUCCGGAUCUAUACUUUACUCGGCCAUCACCGGAACAUGCGGAAUCUCGGCAAUCUUAGUUCUUCACAUUUGCAGCUUGUUAAGGAUUCUGGCGAACAAAAUGAAACAGCUUGCAGAGAACGACGACAUGACCGAACGGGAAGUGCAGCGAAGAAUCACAGAUAUCGUGAACUAUCAGACGAGCAUAAAACAAUUUUCAUACAACAUUCAAAAAAUUACAGAAUACAUUUGUCUAAGCGAAAUUCUAGGCGGUACGACUAUGAUGUGCCUCGGCGGAUAUUACAUUCUCUUGGAGCUGGAUAAUAAUAAUACCACGAUAAUGGUGGUCUACCUCACUCUGGAAAUAUCUUGUACUUUUUGUGUUUUCAUACUCUGUUACAUCGGCCAGCUUCUUCUCAAUGAAGUAACAUGCUUUCAUUUAACAUUUAUUACAAACUGUAAAAACUCUGAAUAUAUUUAUUAUUCUAAAUACUUUCUGAAAGAGUCAGAUCGUGGGUCAAGCAUCUUGUACGGUGAAUUGGUAUCGACUUCCGAUGAAACACGCGCGUUCGUUAAUAUUGUUAAUCGUCGUGUCGAAUUACCCGAUGAGACUCACGGCUGGAAAGAUGGUAGAGAUGUCCCUGGGUACUUUUACAAGCAUCUGCAAAUUGUCAAUGGGAUACUUGAACAUACUGCGGGAAGUCGUAUAAAACUUUCAUCCGUCGUGAAUAGUGCGUGACACGUUACUCCUCACUAGAAAUUGGAAACAUGUAUCUCCGAUGUGAAGCCGUUCUCAUUUUUUAAAUAAAAGCUAGUAUUAACAAAGGAACAAAUCGUUUCCAAUCCAUCUCACGCACUCCGCUUCAUAUAUUACUUACACUUCACCUUUCGAGGAAUUGUCAACCGUGGCAUUAAAAGAGAAAAUUGUGUAAACUCUUUCCAAGGUUUCUACAGUGUACCAUAUUUUCUAUAACUGCUAUCCUGAUGUCCCGAUGCAUACACGAUAAUCAUAGUCUGCCUUCAGUUCUGCGCAUUUCUCCGGCG